ACGGGAUACCUCCAAACUACCCGUAAUUAAUAGACUGCGCCAAACAGCUGCCCUGCACAGCAGCACUGUCGCAUGCCGUCAAGAUGCAGGGCUUCAAUAUGGGGCGGUAUUAUCCGCCCGAUGCGACGGAUGCCCCUAAAUUCAACCAGACAUCCCACCCGCUCGGCGCCCGCGCUCGGAAAAUCAAUCAGGGUAUCCUGACCGUCCGCUUCGAGCUCCCCUUCGCGAUCUGGUGCGAGCACUGCACUCCUCCCGCUAUAAUUGCGCAAGGAGUUCGCUUCAACGCCGAGAAAAAGAAGGUCGGGAACUAUUACACGACUCCCAUCUGGAGCUUUCGGAUCAAGCACGGCGCAUGCGGUGGUGGAAUCGAGCUGCGGACGGACCCGAAGAAUGCCGAGUAUGUCGUGGCCGAGGGCGCGAAGAGGAGGGACUACGGGGAAGGGAAGGAGGAGGAUAAGUGGGGGAAGUUUGGGGAGGUGCUGACGGAGGAGGAGAGGGAGAGGCGGAGAACUGACGCGUUUGCACGGCUGGAGGGGAAGAAGGCGGAUGAAGGGCGAGCGGAGCCGGAGAGGGAGAGGGUCGAGGAGUUGGUCAACGUUAGGGAAAGAGACUGGGACGAUCCGUAUGAGGCAAACAAGAGGGUCCGACGGCAGUUCCGGGCGGAACGGAAAGUGCGGCAGCAAAAUGAACGGGAAACAGAAGCGCUUCAGCAGAGGAUCGGAUGGGAUGGUGAGAUCCUGGAGCUCACGGCAGAGGACAAGACAAGGGCGGAGUUGGUGGACUUUGGAGAACGAGGGUCAAUCGAAGACGAUAUCUCCCGUGUUAGUUCAAGGCCGAUGCUUACAAAGGAGACGAACAGAGUCCACUCUACAACAACGGUCUCAAAACUCCGAACAAAGGCAAGCAUCGCGAAAGAGGAGCAGGCUGCUCGAUUUCAACAGCAGCUUCAGCACAACACGCGGGCGGCGUUGAACCCGUUCGCCCUCAGCGCCGGCGAUAAGAGAGCAUCAAUUCCUCCCACCAUCGCCGGGAUAAAACGUCGAGAUCGCUCAUCGGAUACUGACGGUCACCCGCGAUUGGCGAAAGCGGUUUCGAUUGUGAAGGAUGCACCCAUUACUGCUCCAGACGAGUUGCUGGUGAAGUCUAAACCAGACCUAGGUCUGACGGGAUAUGAUUCCGACGAUUGAGAUGAGUUCACCAGGCAUGGUACGGAGCCUUGGUUGUUGCAGCAUUGGGAAGGCGUUCUAUACCCCGAUUUCUCGAAUAUUAAAUGACUUGGUCCGCUUCAGGGAGGACACGGAGUCAAGUUAUGUCCUUUAUGCUGUUGUACCACGCAUCUCACACUCACGAGAUCUACUGUCAGAUUGCCGUGAUAUAUGUA